AGGUGGCCAGCUGUGGUGCACCACCACCAAGAACAUGAUGGAGGGCGAGGAGCUGGUGGCCUUCGCGGUGGACUUCGACUCGCGCCUGCAGGCGGUCAACCACAUGUCUCUGAGCGAGGGCAUGUACCCGGCCAGGCUUCUGGACAGCAUCCAGCUCCUGCCCCAGCAGGCCGCCAUGGCCUCCAUCCUCCCCACCGCCAUCGUCAACAAGGACAUCUUCCCCUGUAAGGCGUGUGGGAUCUGGUUCCGGAGCGAGAGGAACCUGCAGGCCCACCUCAUGUACUACUGCAGCGGGCGGCAGAGGGAGCCGGAGACGGUAGUGGAGGACAGCGACGGCGGACCCCAUCAAACACCCAGCCUCUGCCCGUUCCCCCAGUGCAACAAGAGCUUCUCUGGAGCCAGGGCCCUGGAAAUGCACCUAAGCACCUCACACAGUGGUGUCAAAAUGGAAGAGAGCCUCCCUCCUGGCACCAGCUUGAAAUGCACAAUCUGUAACUACACGGCGGAUUCUCUUAUUACAUUCCAGCAUCACAUCAUGUCUCACCUGUCACAGGCGGCCUUCAGAUGCAAUCACUGCCAUAUCAGCUUCCAGAGCCACAGGGAACUCUCGCAGCAUCAGGACUUACACGGGCACGGCGGCAAACUUCACAGGGAGAGCGACGGCGCCGAGCACUCCCCCAGGGGGCCCGAGGAGAGCCUCCAGCAGCAGCAGCAGCAGCAGCAGCAGGCCCGCGCCGAUCUGGCCAGCAGGAAGGAGGCGCUGCUGGGGAGUCCCAAAGGGGCCCUCGGCAAGGAGACCAGCACAGACGGAGAGGCCGACAAGGCCGAGAAGAAACCCACGCUGUCCACUCAGAAGGGAGAGGCCCACCCGGGCAGCAAAGCCAGUUUUUCCUACACCAGGAUCAAGUCGGAGCCCUCCAGCCCACGCCUGGCCUCCUCCCCGGUGCAGCACAACAUGCCCACGUUCCCCAUGGGCCCCUUCUUGUCCCAGUUCGCUUUCUCCCAAGACAUUUCGGUGGUCCCGCAGGCGUCGGAGAUCCUGGCCAAAAUGUCGGAGCUGGUCCAUCGGAGGCUGCGCCACGGCGGGAACAGCUACCCCCCGGUCAUCUACAGCCCGCUCAUGCCCAAAGGGGCCACCUGUUUCGAAUGCAACAUCACCUUCAGCAACCUGGACAACUACCUGGUCCAUAAAAAGCACUACUGCAACAGCCGCUGGCAGCACAUGGCCAAGUCACCCGACUUUUCCGCCCUCUCCGAUAAGGUCCCCGAGGCGGUCAGCCCCAACAGCGGCCACAGCUCCGUCAGCAUGCUGACCGGCUGCCACCCGGCAGAAUCCGACGGCCACCUCCUGCAGUCCGGCUGCCUGAACUCCAACGUGCUGGACAUGAUCAGCGCCGGCACCAAAGGGCCCGACAAGGACCUCCCCGGCCAGGUGAAGAAGGUGUCCACCCCGCCCGGCGCGGAGGAGCGGCUCAACGGCAAGCAGCUGGAGGGGAAGAGCCCCACGGCGGGGUUAGCGGAAACCGACAACGACCCCACCAAGACCACCUGCGACGCCUGCAACAUCACCUUCAGUCGCCACGAGACCUACAUGGUCCACAAGCAGUACUACUGCGCCACGCGCCACGACCCGCCCAUGAAGCGCAUGUCCGCCAACAAGGUGCCCUCCAUGCAGAGGACCAUGAGGACCCGCAAGCGCAGGAAGAUGUACGAGAUGUGUCUCCCGGACCAGGACCACCAGAGAGCCCCCAUGGGUCAGCCGGGGUUCCUGGGAGUGCCCCCCAUGAACCCGUGCACGUCCCAGGAGGCCGCCGAGAGCCUGGCCGACCGCUUCCACCCCCGCUGCGACCUCUUCCCGGGCAUGGUCCCCAAACACCUGGAGGCCUCCCUGACGGUCAGCAAGCCCGUCCCCGCCCCCAAAUGCGAGCAGCAGGAGCUGGACGCGCCCAUCGACCUCAGCAAAAAGUGCUCGCCGCUCUCCGACAAGUCGUGCAGCUCCCCCAAAAGACUCCUGGACUAUCACGAAUGCGCGGUGUGCAAGAUCAGUUUUAACAAGGUGGAGAACUACCUGGCGCACAAACAGAACUUUUGCCCCGCCACGGCCGCCGCCGCUGCCGCUGCCGCCGCCGCCCAACAGCAGCAACAACACAACGACAGCGUUCCCCUGGAGCCCAACAUGUUCCCAGAUGUGAAGAGCGAAGGAAACAACAACCCCGACGAGGGUUACGACAAGAGCCCCGGCAAAGGGGAGAAGAACGGCCCCGGGAAGGCGAUGCAGCAGAACGGAGGCCUGUUCCCGCCUCACCUGGGGCCGGCGCCAGGACUCAAGCCGUUCACAGAGCCCCCGCUCGUCCCGGCAAAGGACGAGAGCAAGAACAUGUUCCUGCCCCACUGCCUUUAUCCCGGAGCAAUAAAGAAGGCGAAAGGGGCAGAACAAAUAUCGCCGUACUUUGGGAUAAAGCCCACCGAUUACGUGACCGGGGGACCGGCCAUGCAGGGAGAGCCAGGUGACCAGGAGCAGGGAAUUAACGGCGGGGGAGGGGGAGGAGGAGAGACGGGGACGGCCAGGGAACCGUGUCCCCAGCCGGCCGCCAACGGCUGCCCCAACCCCGGCAAAGACCCUCUCCCCCUCCUGCCCAAAAACCGCAGCAUGGUCAUCGUCAACGGGGGCCACAAGCCGGAGGAGAACCAGCCCCAGCCGGACAGCCAGCCCCCCAACCCCUCCCCCACAUGGGCCGCCGAAAACCAGGCCGACUCCAACGAGAACAUGUCCCCCGGCUCCAAGUCUCCGAGCGAGGAGGCGGCGCCGGCGGCCAACAAAGGCAUCAACGGUUCGGGAAGCGGCAAAUACUGCCGCCUCUGCGACAUCCAGUUCAACAACCUAUCAAACUUUAUCACCCAUAAGAAGUUUUACUGUUCGUCACACGCCGCGGAGCACGUAAAAUGA